CUCGGUGCCGGCACUGGCUUUGGCAUUGCACUGCAUCUGCAGCAGUUCUGCUACAAGAUCUUCCUGUUGCCAGAGGAGCUGUCUGAAUUGCUGCCUUCAUUUUUGAUUCAGUUUUGUGAUCACCCUGAUUUGAUUCCUUUUGUCCACAUCUGGACUUCUCGAGCACGGCUUGCUCGCGCGUUCAGGGCUGGAGUUUCGGCCCACCGAGUGCUUCAAGGUCUUUUUGACAAACAGGUUUGCCCUCCUGGCUUUUCAGUUCGUGUGCGCAACCAAGUGUACGUGGUGGCUCGCUGCCGCCAGUUCCCUGGUGUUCCCUCGCGGGUGCCAGUUCCAGCGAUGGCCACCAGAGUUAGCCUUGAACCACUGAGCUUUGAAGUGAUUGCAGAGAAGAUUCAACAGGUGUCGGCGAAGAAGGUUUUGGCCACUGCAGUUUUGGUGUAUUGGACCAGUUGGUGGACGAAGAGGGGACCAGCCUGUUCGUCAGCAGGGAAGUCGAAGUACCUUUGGAAGAUUCCGCCGGCCGUAAGUUUGGAGUCGGCGCAUGUCGGCGCUAUGGCGUUGGUCGAUUUCGUGGCCGACUGCGCUGCCCAGUUUGCUCGCACCCCGGCUUUGCGAGGUGCUGCUUCCACUGGCCUGCUGCGCAUGACAGUGCGGGGCGCUGUGGCUCGACCAGCCUCACGUGGUGUUUUGCAACUAGCAGCAGCCUGGAUCGACGAGAUGGCGGAGAUCGACGAGAACCUCCAAAAGUAUUUCACUGGCGAGGACGGCGAGGGGCUCCCCGAGCCUUCCGCUUCUGGGGCUGCCUAUGUCGAAGCCGAUGUGGUUCAACAGCUCCAAGCUCGCAUAGCCCAGCUGGAAGCACAAGCAGGCGCUCGAACAUUGCCAUCAGUUGCGCCAGUGGUGGACUUAGCUCCUGCAACUGGGGCGCCUACAGCCGCCCAAGAUGCCUUCGCCGAAUUGGAGGACCUUGUUUCAGCCGCCCUGGGCAGCGAAAGCGGCAACUCGCAAAGCGGCGUCACAAUUUGUGUGGCUCGCGAAGCCUUUGUGAGGACCAUGGAAGAUGUGAUCCAGACCGGCCGUCUGAUAGCCACCAAUGCUUUCAACGACUUGGGGCUGCCUCCGGAUCAGGUGAACAGUGGUUUGAUGCGCCGUUGCCAGUUCGGUUGGCUUUUGACGGGAAUGCCAGAUCCAAACCUGCAGGCCAUUUCAAUGAACCGCAAGAGGAUUGAUUUGACCCCAGUAUACGCCAAAGUGGCCGCGGCACCAUGGGUGGCGGGCAGCAUAGCCUAUCUCAAAGACCUCGACUACCUGGAAGGUCGGUUGAAGAAUCCAAAGGUAUCAGACAAACCCAGCAAAGAAGAUCCCACAGACGAAGAUGCUCCGAAAGGCCCUCGUCGUUCCUGGAAGCCGAAGAAGCCCCAGAACAAGACAAAGGCCGAUCCGAGCGCUUGUGCUGGUUAUGGUUACUCGGAUGAGCGGUGGGCUAUGGUUUGUAAGCUCGAGCGUUUGAUUGGCCAUUCAGGCUCCCCUCCCACCAAUGGCCUGACCAACCCCGGGGAAGGGCUCACUGCAGUCGAUGACAUUGCUCAGCUUCAGGAAGAAGAUGUGGACACUGCCUGUCCGUCUUGGCUUGCUGCACUGUGUGAAGGCAACCAUGAUCGCUUUGACCGAAUUUUGGAAGCCUCUAAGUGCACGAAGCUUGCCGCCCGGUGGCUUCAAUUUUUGCUGCUGCUUGGAGUCGGGGACAUCGAACGCAAUCCAGGGCCCGGCUUUGUUCGCCGCCCUAGGGUGCCUCGAGGUGAACUUUCAAUGACUGUUGGCUUCGCUGAAGCAACCACGAAGCGGAUGCAGUCGUGCCUUGACAGUUUUGCUGUGUGGCUGGCCUCUGGUCUGAGCUUGGAUGCCAUUGGCUGGGACUUUGUAGCUGGGCCUCUGGCUCUUAGAGCGUAUGGCAUGUAUUUAUUUUCAGAGGGCUUUCCUCGUUACAUGUAUGUGUGCACAAUCACGGCCAUGCAGGACACGUACCCGCACCUGCGACCUUUCUUCAGUUCGGCUUGGCAGAUUGACAGGAAGUGGCAACAAUUUGAGCCGGGGCACUGCAGACCGGUGCUUUCAGCUCCGAUUUUCCGUGCCAUCACUUCCUUGUGUCUGCUCUGGAAGUGGUACAGAUGGUUGGGCAUCACGCUCAUCGGUUUCCUUGGAAUGCUUCAUCCUGCGGAAUUCAUUCAUCUAGUAGGAGCAGAUAUCCUGCUGCCAGAAGAUACCUUGAGCGAUUCCCCAGUGUUCUAUGUGCACAUUCGGAAUCCCAAGACAGCGAGACUUGCCAGAAAGCAACAUUGUAAGAUUGAUGACUCUACAGUACUUGCCUACGUCACUGCUGUUUUUGGCGAUUUGCAGCCUGCAGCUCCUUUGUUUCUGGGCGGUUCUUCUGCUUACCGAAGACGAUGGAAUUUGGUGCUGGACAAGUUGGGUAUAGCUGUCUCUAUGCACCGCAGAGGUGCUACUCCUGCAGUGUUGCGUGGCAGUGGAGCUACAGCUCUCUAUUUACAAAGCGAGGAUUUGAGCCUCAUCCAGUGGAGAGGCCGUUGGGCCCAGCUGAAGACAGUUGAGCAUUACAUCCAGGAGGUGGCUGGACAGUCUCUUUUGGCGCAGAUGUCACCUCACCCUCGUGAGGUUGUGAAACUGUUUGCUGAAGCUGCUGAGCCGUUGAUUUCUGCCUUUUUG